ACCAAGGUGGAGGACAUGGUGCAGGAGGUCUUCGACGCCUACAAGACGAACCACCACGCGCCACCCCACCUGGCCCCCACCUACGCUGCCGUCAGCGCUCUCUGCAUCAUCGGCACGGAGGAGGCCUUCGACGUCAUCGACAGGAAAAAGCUGCUGGAAUAUCUGCACUCGCUGAAGCAACCUGAUGGCUCCUUCCUCAUGCACGCGGGGGGAGAGGUGGACGUCAGGAGCGCCUACUGCGCCGCCGCUGUCGCCUCCCUCACCAACAUCCUCACCUCCACGCUCUUUGCCGGGACAGCCGAGUGGAUCGUGAGGUGCCAAAACUGGGAAGGUGGCAUCGGCGGGGUGCCGGGGAUGGAAGCUCACGGCGGUUACACCUUCUGCGGCUUGGCAGCCCUGGUCAUCCUCAAGCAGGAACAUCUCCUGAACCUCCAGAGCUUGCUGCGUUGGGUGACCGGCCGGCAGAUGCGCUUCGAGGGUGGUUUCCAGGGACGUUGCAACAAGUUGGUGGAUGGUUGUUACUCCUUCUGGCAGGCUGGGCUCCUGCCCCUGCUCCACCGUGCCCUGCACGCCAGGGGUGACUCAGCUCUCAGCAUGUCCCACUGGAUGUUCGACCAGUCGGCGCUGCAGGAAUACAUCCUGCUCUGCUGCCAGUGCCCGGCGGGGGGGCUGCUCGACAAGCCUGGCAAGGGUGUGUCCCGGGAUUUCUACCACACUUGCUACUGCCUGAGCGGGUUGGCCAUCGCCCAGCAUUUCGGCAGCGGUGAAAUCCACAACGAGGUGGUCCUGGGGGGCCCUGAGAACUGCCUGGUAA